CGUUCCAUCACGACCGGAAGGCUGAAGACUUCCCUUUAGAGCGUGGAACGUUGGAGGAGGUUGUUUCGUCUAAUCGUUUUAUCAGAUUUUUCAAUAAAAUGGGUUUUGUAAAAGUUGUUAAAAACAAGCAGUAUUUCAAACGUUAUCAAGUUAAGUUCAAGAGGCGACGCGAGGGAAAGACUGAUUAUUAUGCUCGCAAACGACUAACAAUUCAGGAUAAAAAUAAAUACAAUACUCCUAAGUACAGGCUAGUAGUACGUUUGUCCAAUAAGGAUAUUACCUGUCAGGUGGCAUAUUCCAGAAUUGAAGGAGACAGGAUUGUAUGUGCAGCAUAUAGCCAUGAACUUCCAAGAUAUGGUGUUAAAGUUGGUCUUACAAAUUAUGCUUCAGCAUAUUGUACAGGUCUUCUGUUAGCUCGAAGACUGUUGAAAAAGUUGGGUCUAGAUACUUUGUAUACAGGCACAACAGAAGUAACUGGUGAUGAAUAUAAUGUUGAAGAACUAGAUAAAGGUCCUGGUGCAUUCAGAUGUUAUUUAGAUACUGGUCUUAUGCGUACAACUACUGGUGCUAGAGUUUUUGGUGCCAUGAAAGGUGCUGUGGAUGGUGGCUUAAACAUUCCUCAUAGCACCAAAAGGUUCCCUGGAUAUGAUAGUGAAUCUAAAUCUUUUAACGCCGAUGUUCACCGACAACAUAUUUUCGGACAACAUGUUGCAAAUUAUAUGAAAACAUUAGAAGAAGAGGAUGAUGAAGCUUUUAAACGACAGUUUUCACAAUACAUCAAGAAUGGUAUUACUGCCGAUAGUAUUGAAGGCAUUUAUAAAAAUGCACAUGAAGCUAUACGUACAAAUCCGGAACACGUAAAGGCCACUAGAGAAAAAGCACCUGUUAAAAAGCGAUGGAAUCGUGCGAAACUUUCCUUGUCAGAAAGGAAGAACCGCGUCGCUCAAAAGAAAGCAUCCUUCCUUAAAACUUUGGAAGAAGUGGAGGCUUGAAUUUCUUGUCACAUACCUCUGUCAAUAUAAAUAUUUGCUUACACUGUACAAGUCGUUUUCCAUCAUGGAUGUGUAGAACGUACACAGAGAACAUUUUGGUACGAAAGUAAAAAAUUUUUAACAACAAUUCUACAGUUUUUACAUUAUAUUAACAAAUGAAUGUAUAAUUGACAUAGGGUAACAAUUUAUUGAAACCGAACGUUAUAAGUUAUAAAACAUUGAAAAUAUAACGUAUGGUUGUCAUGAA